AUGUCUUGUUUACGAAUCUCAGCUUCGCUUUCUUCUUCUUCUUCUUCUUCGACUUUCAACAGAGUCAACGCCGCCAUUAAUGUCCCCAAGCUCCCACCAGUUCCUUUCUCACUUCCGAAAAUACCCACGACGACGACGAAGCUGAUUCAGGAACUCAAUGGAUCUAUACAUACAAUAAUUCCGUUAGAGAAAGAUGCCGAAAACUCACAAACCUUUGUUGAUUUUUCCAAACCCAGCAAGUCCAAGGCCACUGUUAAACUAUAUGCAGUAUUGGAGGCUGUGGCUGACAGAGUUGAAAUGCAUAAAAACAUUGGCGAGCAACGCAAUAAUUGGAACUCUCUUCUUUUCAACUCCGUCAAUAUGAUCACCCUCGCCGCCGCCGGCAUGGUUGGAGUCACCACAGCCAUUGACGACACAGCACCGAUGUUGGCACUCAAAUUAUCGUCUACCCUUUUGUUCUCUGCCGCCACCGGAAUGCUUCUCAUCAUGAACAAGAUUCAGCCGUCACAGCUCGCCGAGGAGCAACGAAAUGCAACGAGGUUGUUCAAGCAGCUUCAAACUGAAAUCCAAACCACAUUAGCUAUUGGAAAUCCAACUGAGGAAGACGUCGACACUGCGAUGAAUAAGGUUUUGGCACUCGACAAAGCUUACCCCCUUCCUCUAUUAGGAACCAUGCUUGAGAAAUUCCCUUCCAAAUUUGAGCCUGCUGUUUGGUGGCCUAAAACAGAAGCCACCACCAGAUCGCAGAAGAAAACGAAUAAUAAAAAUGGAUGGACUCCAGAACUGGAAACGGAGAUGUGGCAGCUUCUUGAAGUGGUUAAAAGAAAAGAUAUGGAGGAUUAUGACAGACUAGGAAACUUGGCUCUCAAGAUCAACAAAACCUUAGCCAUAUCAGGUCCUUUGCUCACCGGGAUUGCAGCUUUAGGUUCUGCAUUAGCCAGCCAUGGUUCGUCUUGGCCAGGCAUUGCGGCCGUCAUGGCUGGGUCGUUGGCGGCGUCUGUGAAUGCAUUGGAGCAUGGAGGCCAAGUGGGAAUGGUGUUUGAAAUGUACAGAAACUGUGGAGGAUUCUUCAAGUUGCUGCAAGAAACCAUAGAAGCAACGCUUGAAGAGAAAGACUGCGAGAAAAGAGAGAACGGUGCCCUCUUUGAAAUGAAGGUGGCCACGAAAUUGGGAAGAAGCGUCUCGCAGCUCAGACGACUUGCCUCAAAAUUUGUCGCCUAUGAGUCGGAAGGAAUUGACAUGGAUGAAUUUGCCAGCAAGUUGUUCUGAGAAGACUUAUUUUUUGAUUUUUUUUUUGGUACAACCUUGUCCUUUCGGAUAAAAACAUUAUUUUAUUCUUUUAUUGUAUUAUAGCCAUCUAACUUGGGACAGACCUAUAGUUUUACAAAGAAGAAAGAAUUUGUAUAAAA